AUGGUUCGAUUUUGCCCUAUAUGCCAAUGCACUAGAGCAGAAACAACCUCCAGUGUUGAACAGGUUUACAUGUGUUCCAAUCAAUCUAAUGAUGUAGGCAAUCUCUCGGUAGAAACCAAUUGCGAUCCUGCAGAUUUCAAAGAAUGGGAGAAAUCACCUGCUGUAAAUGCAGAAAAUAAUAAUAUGGAUACAGAAAAUUCAAAUGUAUCAUCCGACAAUGUUGAAACUCGUAAAGAGAGUGUGGAAGAAAGAGAUGUUUUUUUAUCCUUGUUUAGUCGCUUAGGAAACUUUAAAAACACCAUUGAAAGUCCAUUAUCUUUUGAGUUUGUUACUAAUAGAAAGCUGUCUGGAACGUUAAACGAUACAGAACAAUCAAGCAUCGAGCUCAAAAGCAUGCUUCAAGCUAACAAUGCUUCAAAAAACCUAUUAUUGAGGAUUCCUUGUCAAUCAAAGAGCCAGUCUAUAAAAAUGUCUUCAAUGAAAGCGUUUUUGGUGGAGUUAGAGGAAUGA